UAUAAAAUAGCGAAAUAAUCACAGCUUUCGUUCCGCACUAGACUCUCAUUCAACACUUUUCGAACGAUUGCUGGAGCGUUUUGUCAAGACAGAAAGUCGUUAGUUGGCUAAUGGCAUCCUGAAUACUGAAAAUCUUCCAAAUUCCCCGAAAUGAUAUCAUUUUAGGAAUCUUUGAGGCACGCCGUCUUAUCGUAACACCUGACCAUCUUAUCUCCACGACAUACAGGAGACACUUCGAAAUGGACAUUGUCGCCCCAGACGUCGAGAACAACACCCAUCUGGCUCGGUGAGAAGCAGAGGAGCAACAUGCGAAUCUCUCCGCGGGAACAGGAUAAGCUUGUCCUGCAUCAGUAAUGAUAUGUUUCAAAUAGGCAGGCUUCCUCGCUCAGAAACGUCUUGCCAGAGGACUCAGACUGAACAGAACCGAGGCAGUUGCUCUGAUCGCUUCGGUGCUUCAGGAACGCAUUCGUGAUGGUUUACAUUCAGUCGCGCAGUUGAUGCAGCAUGGAAAGACUUUGCUAGGUCGAAGACAUGUGCUUCCAGGUGUUGCCAAUCUCCUCCACGAGAUUCAAGUGGAAGGUACAUUUGUCGAUGGAGUCUUCCUCGUUACCGUGCAUGAUCCUAUAUGCACUGACUCUGGAAACCUUGAGGCCGCACUAUAUGGUUCUUUCCUUCCAGUUCCCAGGGAUGCAUUCCCGCCCAUCGACGUUGAUGAAUCUACGCGCGAGAACAUUCCAGGGGCGAUCAUCGUGAAAGACGAGCGGAUUAUUAUCAACAAGGGUCGCGAGCGCAUCAAGUUGAGAGUCACCAACAACGGCGACCGACCGAUUCAGAUUGGUUCUCACUACCACUUCAUUGAGACAAACAAAGCACUAUCGUUCGACCGCGCAAAAGCGUAUGGGAAGCGACUGGACAUCGCCGCUGGUACCGCCGUUCGAUUCGAACCUGGAGAUGUGAAGACGGUUACACUUUGUUCUAUCGGAGGAGCGAAGAUCAUUACGGGUGGUAAUCGCCUUGCCUCUGGAGCCUUCGAUCCGGCUAGGACAGACGAUAUUAUUUCUGUUUUGGUGCAGAAAGGAUUCGGCCACGUACCCGAACCCGGUGCACUUGAGGUAUCUGAAGACACAAACAUUGGAAGGGAUGCAUACGUCGCCAUGUUCGGCCCUACUGUAGGAGACAGAGUCCGAUUGGGCGAUACCACACUUUGGAUCGAAGUCGAAAGGGAUGAGACUGUCUACGGCGAUGAAGUCAAGUUCGGUGGAGGCAAGACCAUCCGAGAAGGUAUGGGCCAAGCUACCAACCGGCCGUCUAUCGAAACAAUUGACCUCGUUAUCACUAAUGCGCUGAUCGUCGACUGGGCCGGCAUCUACAAGGCCGAUAUCGGAGUCAAAGAUGGUGUUAUCGUCGGUAUCGGCAAAGCAGGCAACCCAGACGUAAUGGACGGUGUCGAUCCCAACCUCAUCAUAGGCUCCUCGACCGAAGUCAUCGCCGGAGAGAAACUCAUCGUCACCGCAGGCGCCAUCGACGCACAUGUCCAUUACAUUUGUCCUCAACAGGUUACCGAGGCCCUCGCAUCUGGUACCACCACCAUGAUCGGCGGUGGAACUGGACCUUCUGCUGGAACGAACGCAACUACGUGUACACCCAGUCAGUUCUAUUUGCGACACAUGCUUGCGGCCACGGAUGGCUUGCCCAUGAACUUUGCUUUCACGGGUAAGGGGAAUGAUUCUGGUCCUAAGGCCUUGGAGGAUAUCGUAAAGGCCGGAGCCGCCGGAUUGAAGUUGCAUGAAGACUGGGGAUCAACGCCUUCUGCAAUCAUCAGUUGUUUGGAUAUCGGGGACAAAUAUGAUGUCCAGGUCAACAUCCACACAGAUACCCUGAAUGAAAGCGGCUUCGUUGAGAGUACCGUUGCGGCAUUCGGAAACCGUACCAUCCAUACCUAUCAUACCGAGGGAGCGGGUGGCGGUCACGCUCCCGAUAUUAUCACUGUAUGCGGCUUGGAAAACGUACUUCCAUCUUCAACCAACCCCACUAGGCCAUACACCAGGAACACUUUGGAUGAACAUCUUGAUAUGCUUAUGGUAUGUCACCAUCUUGACAGAAACAUACCAGAAGACAUAGCAUUUGCGGACUCCCGCAUUCGUGGUCGAACAGUCGCAGCUGAGGAUGUCUUACAAGACCUAGGCGCCAUUUCCAUGAUUAGCUCCGAUUCUCAAGCUAUGGGCAGAGUCGGUGAGGUCGUUAGUCGUACCUGGCGGACUGCAAGUAAAAUGCGAGAGUUCCGAGGUCCCCUCAGUUCCCUGGGCGACACAGAUGGUGUUGACAAUGGUCGCGUCAAACGAUACGUUGCCAAGUAUACAAUCAAUCCUGCGAUUACCCAUGGUAUCAGCCAUCUUGUCGGUCAAGUUGCCGUUGAUACUUUGGCCGACUUGGUUCUCUGGAAGCCUGAGAACUUCGGCAUCAAACCCGAACUUGUUUUAAAAUCCGGUGUCAUUGCUUGGGCCCAGAUGGGAGAUGCUAACGCCUCAAUUCCUACCGUUCAACCGUUUAUAGGUCGACCAAUGUGGGGUUCUCAUUCAGCCUCUGCGGCGCUCAACUCGAUCUCUUUCGUAUCUGAGAUAUCCAUCAUAUCUGGUGCCAUCGCUUCCUACCAUCUAUCGAAGCGCUUUGAACCUGUGAAAAAUUGCCGCGAGGUUACAAAGAAGGAUAUGAAAUGGAACGAUGCCACACCGAAGAUGAAAGUCGACCCCGAACCCUACGAUGUGCACGCUGAUGGUGAAUGGGCUUAUGUGGAACCUGCGGAAAGGCUACCCCUCUCUCGGCAGUAUAACUUGUUCUGAUUAGGCAAAGCAAGUUUCGUGGUCUGUGAGAUUUGGAUCUUCUGAUUUGAAACGAAUGAAUGUAUUUCUAGCUCUACGCAUGAUAGCCAUAAUACAAUGAGGAUGUUUCGAUAUGCAAUUGGGCAACUAACGUUAAAAGAACAUUAGGAAAAGUAAUGAAAAAAAUCGUCAUAAGGUGGGAUGGCUGCCCACGGUCGGAUGAUGUUGGUAUUAAAUCAAUGGCUCUCAG